UCCCAGUUCCCUCCCAGUGUUUCCAGUAAGAGCGGCACUGGCAGGGAAAGCGCUCCCAGUUCCAUCCCCCUGCUCUCAGGAUCGCUCCCGGUGCUCCCAGGAUCACUCCCAGUGCCGCGCGGGGCGGUGUUAUUUCGGAACGCGCGCCCAGGACAGAGCGCGGCUGCUUUUGGGUGUCGGCACUGCCCGGGCCGGGGUGGGAGCCGAGGAGGAGCGGGAGGAAAAGGAGGGACAGAGGACGAGGAGGAAGAGGAGGAGCGGAAGGAAGAGGAGCGGCAGAACCACGUUGGUUACCCCGCCGCCUUCCCCCGCCGCUCAGGCCGAAGCUCCCCCGGCUUCUGCUGCAUCGCCCCCUCCAGCAGCCGUAGGAUUUCCCAUUCCCAAAACUUGGCCCGAUGCAGGUGGAGGAGGCUGUGAGGAAGAGGAAGAUGUCCCGAGAGCUUAAUGGAGGAGCUGAGGAUGGAGACCAGGGAGGACAAAUCCCCACAGGAGAACCUCGUGGAAGAGCCUGUUUUGAGCGGCUCCACAGUACAGGAAUCCAAUGGAGAGGAAAAGUCAUGGAGAACCCACACGAGGAGGGGCUGCAAACGCAGAUCUCGGGGAUCUGAGGAGGAAAGUCCCACCCAGGGCAGGGGAGGCAGCCGGAGCUCGGAGCUGGGGGUCAAUGAAGAGCUUCAGGAUGGGGAGAAGCCCCACAAGUGCUCGGAAUGUGGGAAGAGCUUCAGCAAGAGAUCCAACCUGGUCCGCCACUGGAGAAUCCACACAGAGGUGCGGCCAUAUGAGUGUCCCGAGUGUGGGAAGAAGUUCAGGACGAGCUCCCACCUGACUGUCCACCAGAGGAGCCACACCGGGGAGAAGCCCUUCAACUGUGGAGAGUGUGGGAAGAACUUCAGCAAGCGCUGCAACCUGAACUACCACCAGCGGAUCCACACUGGAGAGAGACCCUACGAGUGUGAUAAAUGCAGGAAGAGGUUUCAGAGCAGUUCUCAUCUCCUCCAGCACCAGCCGAUUCACUCAGAUGAGAGGCCCUUCCGCUGCCCUGACUGCAAGAAGGGCUUCAAUGACAAUUCCACCCUCAUCAGGCACCGCCGCAUCCACACCGGAGAGAGGCCUGGGGCGAGGCCGUACGAGUGUGAUCAAUGCUCGAAGGCGUUUAAGACCAGCUCCCAUCUCCUGCUGCACCUGCGCACUCACACAGAUGAGAGGCCCUUCCGCUGCCCCGACUGCGGGAAGGGCUUCCAGCGCAACACCCACCUCACCAGCCACCGGCGCAUCCACACCGGGGAGACGCCCUAUGAGUGUCCCGAGUGUGGGAAGAGAUUCCGGCAAAGCUCAGCUGUGACCUACCAUCAACGGAGGCACCACUAAGGGCAGCCCUGUGAGUGCCCUGAGUGCAGGAAGAGCUUCCUGUGCUGCUCCAGCUCCAUCCCCUAUGGAAGAUCCACCCUGGAUGAUCCCCAGUGAUCCCCAGUGAUCCGUGGUGCCAGUGAUCCCUGUUGGGAAGACACCUGGCUGGAGGGCUCCACAUUCUCCUGGCUCCCUGUGGGUACCUGCACACAUCCAUGGACCAACAUCCAAAAUCCAUUUUGUAGAGCUGAUUUGUCCACUCCUGACCCCAGAAAAAAAAAACUUUUUGCCUCUUCUGGUGGCCUUAACAACACUGGAUAGCCUUGGAGGUCUUCUCCAACAUAAAUCCAUCGUUUUAAUUCUCUCUGGCCCAUAGAUAUCUUCCACAGCCCAAUUUGGAGGGACUGGGGCAAAACCCUAAUUUUCCAAUUUUCAAAACAGUUGGGUGGCAACCCCUCCAAAAAAGGUUCUUCCCACCCACCAAGCACAUGGAUGUUCUGCCAGCAGGAAUAUAUAAAUAGUUUUGUUUUUUUUUUUUUGCCUUAAAACGAAAAGGUUUCUGUUCAUUCCUUUCAAAGCCCUGAAACUGGGGUAGAAAUAAAGGCGUUGAACUAAGGCGUGCAUGGGGACAUGUGGGGGACAGUGGCAUGUGUAGGGCCAUGGGGGGACAUGGACAUAGACAGGACCAUGUGGGACAUGGCGGAACACAGACAUGGAUGGGAACAUGGCAAACAUGCAUGGGGACAUGAACUGGGACAGCGUCAAUUCCGCCACCACAGUGCCACCAGCACCUUCAUCUGGGCCAUGGCAAAGCGCUGCCUGAUGCAGUUCCUGCCACCACAUCCCCACUGUCACCACCACGGUGUCCCAGCUGAAUGUCACCACCCAUCAGGGCAGGGUGGGGACAUUGUUCACCUGGUGACAAGUGUCACGGAAGCAAGUGACGGUGUCCCAGGGCCACCGCACUCAGGGGACCUCAACUGCCCAUGGGGACAGGGGAAAAGGAGAAUCCCGAGGGAUGUGAGAAUCAUCCGAAACAUGAUAGCCUUGCUAAUACUUUUCUGCAUAUUACCACAAUUUCAUGGACAACCCCCUGGUGAGCAGCUGUGGCCCAAAGCCACCAUUCAGCACACCAAUGUUCUUGGAUCCUAUCCCAAGGGUCAUUACCCGAGCCUGGCAACCCUAGUACUGCAUGACUCCAAGGUAUACCGCCCGAAUGAGUGGAGAUGGGACCAGAACGAAUUGAUCAGAACCCUGAUGGGAACGGUUGGUGAGUCAAUUGUGGUAACAUGCAGAAAGGUGGAAGGAACUCUCCAUGAAAAGGCCACCUCUAUCAUAAUUGUUGGAAAUUUUAUGGAAACAGGUGGAAGGAAUCAUCUGGACAUCCCUUCAGCAAAAUUAUGUCCCACGAAGAAAUGGGGAAGUUCCAAAAUAAAAAGUCCCCUCGCUCUGCGUUGUCACCAGGAACAUAUUGGUAGUUAUGCUUUAGGUCCCAAAACUAACAAUGUUGCAAUUACAAGAGGUUGUAAUGAUGAAUCACUUGAUUGCUGGUACAGUUUUACUUUGGUCAAACCUACUUACGUGACAUGUUGUUGGCAGAAUGACACAGCUAGUCCAUUCGGAUUAAGAGGCUUGAUUUACACAUUUAAGAUAAACACUGUACCAAAACCCACACCAAGUGCUGUAAUUACGCUCUCUCAGAUGCAAGGUGUGAAGCCCUUUUCUAAUACAUCUCAAAGGGCAGACACUGCAAGGCCUGCACUGAGCACGGUAAACACGACAAUCACACCCCAAUUGGCAGAGGCAACAAAAAGCCCCUUUACAUGGCCCUGGUCUCAAGCCUUCCUGCAAUUUACCGGAUCUAUGGGAUAUGUCACGGGUCUAAACUUAUUGAAAGUAGUUACACAUGAAGACAAGUUGUAUACUACAUGAGAAUGGGAGAAACAGAAAACCUGGCAGCUUCAAGGAGUAGUGGGAGAACAAAUUAGCAUUGGGUGUUGAACGGUUAAUGGGUCUGACUAUAGCAAAGCAAUUGGAAUCAGUGUUUCCACAGAUCAGGAAAACAAACAGGAGCAAGUCUGUACGCACCCAAGCAUUUGAGACUGCUGGCACAGUUUUACAUUAACUCACACUGCGGAGGUAGUUUGCCUCUGGUCCAAGGAUACUCAAGACCUUUCUUUUAAAUUUGUAAUAAAUGCUGAAACCUACUUUACCACUGUCACCACUUCACCCGUACCACCGGUCAUACUCAUCCCAAGAAUUUUCAAGAUUGGACCUUAUAUAAUCAGGAAAACUGGCCAACAACAAAUAUUGUUCAAUCCAGCAUGGUCUCCCAAACAGGUCAAAUUGCUAAUGCAGAGCAAUGUUUCAGAUAUUCAGCCAGCUUGUUCUCUGUUUCUGCAAACUUCUUUUGAAGGUUGGACCACUUGACUUCGGAAAUGAAGCUCUUUUAAAAUUAGAACACCAAGGGACGUGACCAGCAUUGUGGGUACAGGAUUGGGAAUUCUGAAUAGCAUUGAUUCUGAAGUACUAAUGAACAAAUUGGCUGCUACAACUAGAGAUCUGACCAAAUUACAGCAACCACUGAGGUCAUCUCUGUUACCCUUGGGAACACACCAGUGGCUGCUGUCAAACAUUUUGCCAAAUUGGGAAAGAGUGAACGUGAAUGAUCACAAAUUGGUGAUUAAUUCACUUGGUGCUACACAAAACAGUGUUUCUUUAGCCCUCAGCUGUGUCCAGGCACAAUUAUGGAUGCAGUCAGUCUCUGCUUCAAUUAUAAGAGAAGGUGAGGAAGGCACUUUCCCCACAGAAAUUCAGAAAAUAAUCUGGGACAGUGCCACUGAGUUUGAAAGAGAAUUCCAAUCCUGGUGGAAUCUGGUGAACUUUACUUAUGAUCCCAUUUCAAACACAGCCACUGCUUUUGUUAAAACCAUACGCAAUGCUUCUGUACAUUUGGUCUUCCCUGUUCUUGCAUUAGGAUUAAACCAUGACGGAGCUGUUCUCUAUCCCACAGAACAUAGGGGAUGGGCCCGUCAGGUCAAUGACAAAUGGCAAACUGUUAAUCUGGAAUCUUGUAUUGUCCGAGAACAACAAGGGUUCACCUGUGAAAGCAAUGUAAUCGUAGCUCAGGAUAUCUGUUUAGACACAGAGCAAAACAUCUGUCAUUUUGAGAUUUGUCCUAAUGAGACUACUGAAACAGUUCUUAUAUACAUAGGCAAUGGAUGUGCAUGCUUUAGAACCAUUUGUGAUUUUGUGUUUGUAAGAAGAUGUUGUGGUAGACACAAAGAACCACUCAAACUUUUGUGCUUGUAACUUUACUAAGAUUAUAGGAUGUGAUUUCUCUUAUGAAGCUCCAGUUACCUCUCACUACCUAUUGCAAUCCAACUACACACUGAUUCACAAGCUGAUGUCCACUCCUAUCGGAAUGAACCUUACCCUGGUGAGACAACUGCUGCUCCAUCAGGAGCUGGUUGAAAUUCUUGAGAACAAAUACACCAGGUUAUGGAGAGGGUAAAGCAAGAUGCUGAGCAUAGGUGGUGGGAUACUGUCUUUGGGUGGUCACCUACAGCCACAGAUGUCCUGAACAGUGUGUGCCACCCAAUUGUUGUUCUUUUGAUUCUAAUUACACUUGGUUAUAAAUUGUCAGCAGCCCUAUUCGUUAUGAAAUGGAACACGAUGAAAAGGCUGAGAUUGAUGUCUGUAGCCAAUGAACACCGCUUAGCCGAUGUCCUCUACACUAUAGAUGCCCCCAAAACAUUUGACACAAAACAAUUACGAAUUGAGCAUAUGUGCUUUAGAGCAAUUUUUGAUUCUCAAGUAUGAUUUACAGAAGGUUAUUUUGAUCUUUAGUAGAUUAUUUUAGAAAAUAAUUUUUAAAAGACAAUGCUUAUAUUAUGAUUUGUUUCUUGUUUUUGUUUUGAAAAUUUGUGAUUUGUUUCAACCAUUUUUUGAAAUUGUUAUACAAAUGAUAUUGCUUUAAUUAAUUAGCCUUUUUUUGAAAUUAUUAUAAUUAGCCAUUUUUGAAAUUGUUAUUAAAGAAUAACACGUGUGAAAAUUGCUAUGAUAAUCAAUAUUAAUUAUGUUUGCUUACUGCUUCACUUUCCCCUAUCUUUUUCUUUUCUUUUCCCUCUCUCUUCUUUUUAUCCUCCUCUUUUCUGUCAUCCCUAUUUUUUCCGGGUUAUGCUACCAACAUGCAAUGAGUUCCGAAGAUUCAUCAACGACACUCCAGAGUUCUGCUGAUGAAGAUCCCUCAAGACAAUCGUGAGUCACGGGGUCGUGUGAGAUUCUGUCUGAAAUGUCCUUCAUUUUUGCCUCACAAUUGUCAUGAAGAAAAGACAACCGAAAAGUUAAAAACUGUUGAGCCAGUGGGAAGGGGAGGUCAGGUGCUUCUCAGCUCACUGUUUCCACAGGUGUUGUUUGCAGAACAUGCCAUGCUGAACUUUGUGGAGAGCUUUGUCAAAGAGUGGCUUGAGGAGAGAGGACACAGCCGAAUUAAUUUGGUAAAGAUGUCCUAACUAGGGCAGAGGCCUUUUUGCAGGCAGGGUGUCUGUUGAGAAGGUAGCUGAAUAGAGAAUGGAAAAGUACAAGACCGUGGCUAAUUCCAAAUCUUGCAGGUGCAAGACAAUGUGUCCUUGGGCCUAAUGGAGUAUGAUAAAGAAAUGGACAGUGAGGCGUGAGAAGUAGAGAACGUAGGCCCAAAGGAAUGUGGAUGAGUUAAUGGUAUAGUUUAACCAAUAGAUUGCUUGGCUUACAGAAUAUUCAUAAGCUUAUUAUUUGCUGUAUAAGUGUUUGAUGCUUUCUUUAAUAAACUGAA